AUGCAAGUAAAACAACAGAAGCAUAAGAUAGUUUGUACCGUAUUUCUUUUAGUCCUUCUUCAGUUCCAAAAACUGCCUCUUGAUUGUCCCUCCUUGCUGAAAAGGCUGAAAUGCUGUCAUAAGCAAAGUCCAAAUCCUCUCCCUAAUGGCAUAACUGCCCAUUUAACCACACAUUUAGCUUUAUCUCAGACUUUCAGGUUCAUCACCCAAAUCCAUCAUGUGAAGAACAACAAACCCAAGGCAGAAAUGAUAAUGACAGAAAACCAGAAAACAAAAAUUGCAUAUAUGGCCAUACCUCCAAAAGCUUUCCUUCUUGCAGAAAUUGCUCGUACCUACCCCAUUUCAGCAGAAACCAUCCCAACAACUUGUUAUCCAAGCACAUUCAUAAGCAGAAAACAGAGAAAUCAGAAUGCUUACUGGGAGAGCUCGGAAGUGGAGAGGACGUUUGAGGGGCGGAGGCUAGAGCAGAGCCAGUCGAGAAUGGGUCGAACGUCGUCGUACUGGAAGGGCCACUCGAAGCUGUCCGGGUCAAGCGACCCGUGA